AGAGAGAGAGAGCGCGCAGCAUCAAGCCACCCGGACAGGCUCCACCAUCCACACACUGUAAGGUACCAGAGCCACAAGGAGACUAUAUUCCUCUACAAUAAUGGAUGGGACAAAGCCGGCCAUGGAGUCCAACGCAGAGGAGACUCAGGAGGAGACACAGGAGAGCAAAGGAUGCUUCGAGUGCUGCAUCAAGUGUCUGGGGGGGGUGCCCUAUGCCUCUCUGGUGGCCACCAUCCUGUGCUUCAUAGGCGUGGCUCUGUUCUGCGGGUGCGGCCACGUGGCGCUGAGCGGCACCCUGACCAUGCUGGACAACCACUUCUCCACGGUGACCACGGACCACGCCACCCUCACCAUGGUAAUCCAGAUCUUUCAGUACAUCAUCUACGGCAUCGCCUCCUUCUUCUUCGUGUACGCCAUCCUCCUGCUGGCUGAGGGCUUUUACACCACCAGCGCCAUCAAGAAGGAGCUGCAGAGCGACUUCAAGACCACCGCGUGUGGGCGCUGCAUCACCGCCUUCUUCAUGUUCCUGACCUACAUCAUGUUCCUGGCCUUCCUCGCCAUUUUCGGCUUCACGGCUAUUCCCGUUUUCCUCUUCUUCAACAUGUGGACUACCUGCUCUGCCAUGAGGUCUCCUGACGCCAACAUCACCUCGCCUGAGUCCAUCUGUGUGGACGUCAGGCAGUACGGUAUUAUUCCCUGGAACGCCACUCCGGGAAAAGCUUGUGGGGCCACACUGGGAGACAUCUGUAACACCAGCGAGUUCUACCUCUCCUACCACCUCUACAUCGUCGCGUUCGCCGGCGCCGGAGCCACCGUCAUCGCACUGAUCCACUACCUGAUGAUUUUGGGCGCUAACUGGGCCUACCUGAAGAGCGCCGUGUCCACGCACGACUACCAGGACAUCAAGACCAAGGACGACCAGGACCUGGAGGCGGAGGCGCGCUCCAAGGAGGGCCAGAACUCCUCCUCCUACUCAUAAGGAGGACAGCUCCUCACCACAUCCUCUCCACACCUCCACACCCCCACCCCGCGACACCCGACCCCUCCCUCUGUUAAAACAAACCACCUCGGCCAUGUUUGAUAGUCCCCCGAGCCCCUCCUGGCCCCCCACCCUCCUCCCUUCCCACCGAAGGGAGCAGGGUGGAGGGUGAGGAGUGGCGGCUGGAGGCAGAUGCUUCAGAACGGGAGAGCUCGCCCGCCGGGUGCUCGCUCAGGUCCGGAGCGUCCGUUCAGAAGCGUCUCCCCCCCGAGCGUUAGGGCGGCGGCUCGUGAACGUGGCCCCGGCUGUGAUGGCCUCGCGCUAGGAGCCAAAAAACAGCUCCUAAAAAAAAAAAAAAACAUUGUUCACUGUCGUCAGGCAGCGACCAACUUCCUCCUUUUUUGGUGUUUUAUAUGCAUAUGAAUAUAUUGUGCGAAUGUGUACGAAUGUUGUUUUUUUUAAUACUCUGAGAAGUAUGCCAGGUACUCUUUUCUUCUUCUUUAUGUUUUCGCGGCCACUGUUUUUCUUUCUUCUCCAUUUUAGACUUUUUAUUGCUAAUGCUCGAUACGUUGUUGCACUAUUAUUACGAAACAAAAAAAUGAGGGAGGACGAUAACCCCUUAACUAACCCCCCUCUGUCUCAUAGAAACAUCUAAUGUGGUAUCUCAAGGAUUACUGAGCAUUUACAAAAGCUUAUUUUUCUGCCAUGGUUAUUAUCAGUUAUUAAGACCAGAGGUGGAGCAGCUUCUUAUUUGAGGGAACUUUUGCGUAUUUUCUUGCCAAGGGUUAGAUGGUAUCGUCUUACUCUCUGCAAGAAAGUAAAUGAAAGUCUUAAGCUACACUUAUCACCAGCGGCAACAAAUCAAAGAUAAAUGGUAUUUGAACACAAAACAGACACACACCUCAGGUAUCAAACCAAAUCUGAUUUUAGCCACUUUUGUUCUUUUGCCGCUAAACGGAAUCUACCGGAUUGGUACGCUGUGACAAUUAAACAUUUAUUUUGCAAAUUUCUCCUUUUGUGAAUGAAAUCCACCUGUAAAUAGCUAAACCCUUAAAAAAUGUACACUUUCCUUAAAAUAAGAACAGUGUUUCGCCAUGCUCUUCUAUUCUUUUUUCCACAGAUAUAUGUAAAUGUACCCUUUGAGAUAUGUGUUUAGCACUCAAAUAGUUCUGCAUUUGAUAUAAAUACUAAUUGUUACGUGGUGAGAGGGAUGCAGUGCAGUUAAGAUAUGACACGAUGGAUUGAGGUGCUUGUGACGUACACAUUUUAAAAUGUAAAGAAAAAAUAAAUAUGGAAGGUUUUUAAUGUUUUCUCAGUUUUUAGGCAGCUGGGUUAUUAAUCUUGUGAUUCAGUAAUUUUAUGGAUUUAUUUGUGGGUUUUUUUUUCUCUCCAAUGGGCAGCCAAACGACUUUUUUGAAAGUGUUUACACUCUGAAAUAAAUCAAGUCAGGAAUUUUCAUACAUUGAUUUUAUAAUCAGAUAUUGUUUAAAUAUCAUGAACUAUAUUCUAUACCGAACACUGGUUAGUCGACCCUCAAAGAGGCCCUAUUAUGCUUUCUGGGGUUUCCCUUCCCUCUAGUGUGUUAUAUAGGUGCAUGUCAAUGGUCUGCAAAGGCUAAAAUCCCUGUGUUCCCUCCAGAGGAAGUUUCUCUCCCACACACUCCCCCCCACCCUGCCUGAAAUGCCUCCAUUGGACUCCUUUGUUUACUUCCAUAACAUAGUGACAUCACUGUGUAACACUUGUGCUUCUAUUGGCUAGCACUCAAACACAUUGUAUGUAAUAGGUUAAGGGGCGGGACAUCUCUAAGGGGUAACUAAGUUACCAGUUAACCAAUCAGAGCAGACUGGGCUCUGGUUUCAGACAGAGGGUGAAAAGAGGUGCUGCAGCACAGGCAGUAUGAGAAAAAUAAAGAGCUUGUUGAACAUGAAAGCAUGGAGACAUGUCCCAGUAGAGACACUACAUACUGAUAUACACCUGAAGAUGAGCAUAACAGGGCCCCUUUAAAAAACACUGAAGAAGAUUUGAUGAGAUGAAGCAUGUCAGUAUCGUCCAUGUGUGCAGCUGUCUAUUCUGUAUAAAAAAGGACUAUAUUGCCAUGUGUGUUUUGUUUGAUAAAUAUACGUGCUUUGCCACCAGGUUGAUGUAAAGGCAAACUUCAAUUUCCUAUAAGACGAUGCGUGUCAGGGUGUUGUCGUUUCCUCGUUAUUUGCAUGAAGGAGACAUGACUGUGUCUUUGCAGUUUUUCAGGUGAUGUGUAGUCAAAUGUUCUGACAACUAUGGUAGGCGGUGUUUGCCCUCCCCUCCUCCUCCUCUUCCUCCUCCUACACCCCCUACCCUUUCCACCCACUCUUUUCUAAAGAAAACUCCAUUGUAUUUGAUGGUAUUGUAGUCCCUGUAGGUGUUUCAUUAUGGUUUGAUUUUUUAAGUUCUAUGACUCCUAUAUAGUGAUGAUUUUUGUAACCUUCUCUAGUAAAACCGAUAUUUUUUAUUAUCGUGACA